AUGAGUUAAGUAGAGGAAUUUUAGUUUCUAAAUGGUGAAAAAAUCAUUUUCUGCUAUGAUGGAAAAGAAGAAGCUGUAGAAUUAAAAAGCUUAUCAGAAUCAGGAUUAAUAAGAGAAAUUCUCAUAUAGCAUCCCCCAAUCUCUCCAUAAAAUCCAUUAACAGUAACACUUCCAAAAUGGGUAAGUCAAGAAGUCUUUAGCGUAUUCAACGACUACAUCAGAAAAAAAAAUUUAAAUUCAUGGGGUGAUCGUUCUAUAUAAUUGACUGACUAGACACUGUAGAGAUUGUUGUGGAUGGGCGAUUACUUUUAAAUAGAUGACUUCUAGUACAAAUGCAUAACAGAUGUGUUAAUUCCAAGGAUCAGAGUGAAUAAUUGUUUGCUCUUCUUAAACGAAGCGUUUAAGAAAUUAAAAGCAUGUGAAGAUAGCUGCGAUAUAUGGUACAUGCUACUAAAUACAGGAAUGAACUUUACAGCCAAAAAUCUUAUUCAUAUAUUCAAAAAUAACCCUUAGGAACUAAAUAAAAUAAAUAAUAAAAUUAUGGAAGAAAUAAUAGAGAGAUCACUUAAGUAUUUCAAAAAAAAGCAAAAUUUUGAUUAUAAAGAUAUGGUCGAUGUGAUCCUCUAUAUACGUAAUGUUUAGGAUUGCUUUGAGUUACUUUUUGUUUAGAGAAAGAAUAUAAUAAAUAGGCGCAUUAAUUAUUAAAAUCACCCUAGCAUAAGCUGGAAGCUUUCUAAUAUAAGUUCAAUAAUUAAUAAAGAAACAAAUCCUUUUAAAUUCAAUGAAUACUAAUGGAAGUUAGUUGCAAAAAUGGAGGAUGAUAAAAUUACUGGAAAAAUUUUAAGAAUUUAUUUAAAAUUAGAAUCAAGUAUUUAGAGCAGCUCGGCUAAUAGUCAAUCAGGAUAAAACGGAUCUAAAUCUCGACAAAAAGCAGUAGAAGCAGAAUCUGCAAGUGCAGCUGCCAGUAGCGAUAAUGAUCCUUCGAAAGAUCCUUUCAAGAAAAUUAUAGCUAUUUACUUUUUACUAAAAUUAAAUGAUAAAGAAUACUCUACAAGCUUCAAUAUUAAGCACAUAAUUAUAGAAAGAGCACCUUAAAUUUUGUUGUGUGAGUUUGAAGGCUAGUAGCUAAAAUCAUUUGAAAACAAGAAGUUAGAAUUCACUGUUUAUUUGAACACUGAUUACAUUUAUUCACUCUUGUUAAAUUAUAUUGCAAAAUCAAUUGAAUCAUUUACAAGUAACCCUAAUUUUAACAUGAUGUCAGAGGACGACAUAGUCGCUAUAGUAAAAUCUCUACCUUUUACUCCAACUCAUUAAGAAAGAGCUUUCCAGAUAGCCUAAGUAAUAGUAUCUUAGUAAAAUAAUCCCAUCACUAACGUUGUAGAGCUUUUCAAAGCGAUAGAUUAUAAUUCGAUUUCUCUUUAAAGCUUAAACAACUUUUAAAAUUAGAAGAAAUUUAGAAUUACACCAGAGCUAAAAAAAUUUAUGGAUGGAGAAUUAAACAAAAAAGUUAAUGGAGGUUCUUCAAGUAAACAACAGAUAUCUUCUUCUUCUAAUAUUAACCUUGACACAACAAGCUUGAGAGAUUAAAGCAAUGCCGAAGUUUUCUAGAAUCCAAACGCAUUCGAAAUCCAAAAAAGAGACACAGAAGGACCAGCUGAUUCUGACGGUUUUACUUUCAACAGACCAGAAAAUAAUUUCAGACAAUAUAUGCAGAGAAACGACUCUUAAGAUAUUCGUAAAAAAACUUUAAGCCAAGAUUAAUUUGGAAUAAGAAGAAAUAUUAGUGAAGACUAAAACUCAAACUUGUACAACUUUUCAUAAACUCCAUCAGGCUUUGGGUUUGGAUAAGAAAGGUCAGGUUCUUAAUAAGACAUGCCAAUAAAUAAACUUGAUAAACUAAAGAAAACUCCUUCAACAAAUAAUUCUAUCCCUGAAAGUCUAGGAUCUCCUUUCCCACCUACAUACACGAUGGGUUCUGAUAAUAAAUCAAUGUCUUAAUUAUAAAAUAGCAAUUUCAACAGUAGCCAAAAAAUGCAAUUAUUAGGAUCUCCAAGUGUGAAUGUUUAAAAUAAUAAAAUAGGCCCCUUUAUUCAACCAAAUCUGCAAAAUUAAAGUUAGAUAAGUUAAUAGAACAAUUCCAUGAAUUUCAUAAAAAGCCCCCAACAACAAUCUGUGUAAGCUAACUCUCAUGGAUCUCCUUAAAUGUAGUAAUUAAUAGGAUCAUAGAAUAUCUUAGGUGGAUCAGCAUUUAAAUAAAAUUAAAUUCAACCUCCACAUAGACCAUCAUCUUCAUAAUAGUAAUCAUAAGAUCAAAACCCUUAAAAUUUUGAAAAAGAAAGUAGAAAAAGAUAGCUAUUUAAUGAGUUAGAUUUAAAGAAAUAUGUUCUCAAUUAAAAUUUACUAAAUGAACUUUAAGAUAUUUCUAUUUUUUGA